GGCUAUGGUAGAUUGUGGUUGGGCCGCUUGCGAGCCUUUGGAUCUUACUGGUCCUCAAGUACAACGUCCUUAGCCGCAAAGGCGCUAAGAAGCUGAUAAGCACAUGUGAAUAACAUCUCGCAGACGUCAACGCCAUUGUUCCGAUGUCCGCAGGUUUAGCGUGCAUGCAGUCUGCAUCAGGCUGAGAGCUGUCUGGGUACUGUUGCGGGGUACUACGAAAUUGUCCUCAACCUGUUGCGCAUCCAGAGACAAGGAACCUCACAAUUAGAUCUCUGCUCAGAAACGCUAUCUUUUGACGCAUUUCGUACCUCCUUGUUGACGUGAGUCGUGUGCAUGCCGUGAUGAGCGGUCACGCACUUGUCCGUCGAUUCACAGACGAGCAGGGCGGGAACACCACCUUGGAACGCGCCACGAAGACGGCACAGGAAGAGGAGGAUGUCCUUCUCGAGAAAGGGGAGAGAGAUCGACUGAGCGUAUUCUUCGAAAACCCGAAGGGUGACCACAUUUAUUUCCAUCAAGCUGAAGUUGCGAAAAAGACCCUGAACAGGACGUGUGAAGAGUUCUUCAAGCAGGAGCGGUCCUCAGGUCUGGCGAAGUUCUUCGGGAUUCGUCGUAAACAAUCCCGCCAUGCAGCCGACCAAGUGAUGCAGCAAUAUGUUGCUACAAACGUGGAGGAACUCAGAGCUGUUGUUGAAGAGCUCGACCUCAAGUGGCGAGAGAAGCAAAGCAGGGCAAGUGCCAGCCUGAUCCAACAGCAGACAGCACUGUGUUCGACGCUUCAUGCGCACAAGAAAGCCUUUGCUUUACUGCCUUCUCAGAACAACUACGCUUCAUCGCUUUGCGGGGGUCUCACGCUCCUCAUUAGUGCAGCUGUUAAUUACGACGAGAUCGCAGAGAUCCUCUCGGACAAAGUGGCCAGAAUUGCGGAGAAGGUCUCUAGUGUUGCUGAAAUCGUAAAAUUGGUCGAGACACAGAGAAUGUGCGAGCUGUAUGCUGAAAUCCACGCGCAGGUAUUCACCUUCUAUCGAGAUGUCAUAGCUUGGUAUAUGGAGCGCAAGCACGAUCGAUUCGUCAAGAGCUUUAACGAGCAGUUAAAAAAAGGAUAUGAGAAGGCAGUCGAGAACAUCAACGACUGCAUCAACGCAUUACUCAUCCAGACAAAAGUCGCCGAUAUGGCGAUAUCGAAGGCGAUUCUGUUGGGCGUCCGUGGGCUGGAGCGAGAAGUGUAUCGUCAACGGCAAGCGCCACAGUCUGACAUUGCUCACGUGGGAGUAACGAUGCAAAAUUUGCUCCACACCAUGGUGUACAGCAAUGGUAUCCAGCUUGCCAAUGCCGAGGCGAAGGGUAUUAAAGAGCUCUCCCUUUCAAUUCCAGAGCAACCUCUCGCGGCCAAAAUGACAACCGUGAACCGAGUGGAAGCUCUCGCUCAGGCAGUCCGGAUAAAGUCAUUUGCGGUAGGGACCGAAGGACAGGCGCUCUUAAAAGAUGGUAGAUUCUGGAUCCCGCAGGUUGAGGCUUCUGCCAAACUUGUCCAAUGGAGAGCUGAACAUAACGACAAGUCGAGGCUUUGGAUCAAUAGCCCACUGCAAACAAAAGAGAUGCCGAGUUCCCGCGCCGCAGCAAUGACAGUGAUUGUCGCAGCAUGGCAAUCCGAAGAAGCCAUCAUCUCGCAUUUCUGUGAAAGAACAAGGAUGGACGGUCUGUUCGAAAAUCGCAACCCAGAGAAAACAGGUUUGAUCGGACUUGUGUACAAUCUUGUCACGCAGCUGCUUCAAUUUCGCGUAGUAGAUGACGCAGUGAAGAUAUCCGAAGAUGAGAUGGAGGCUCUGAAUGGAUCUGAUGGCAGCUGGGACGCUGCCUUGAUCAUGUUGAGGAGCCUUCUUCGGGCGACGCCUCAACUCUCAAUGUGCGUCAUCGAUAAUCUGAACGUGCUGGCUUUGUCGGCAGGUGCCAACUGGUGUGCAGAGUUUCUCGAUGUCUUGUUUGAGCAUCAGCAAACCUGUGCGCACGCAUUCCGAGUAUUGCUUACGACUGCAGGGCACUCAGGUAUCCUAUCGGGGUAUUUCGAGCGUGAUGAGCGUGUCUUUGUGCAACGAGGUGCACAAGAAGUGCUACAUAGGGAACUCAGGGCGCUCGAGUCUGUGAGUAGCCAAAGACCACAUAGGGAAGGAGAUCAGCGAGAUUGCUGUUAA